UAGUGAAAAUCUUGUUGCAUGUUGAGAUUCGAUGUGAUCCGAAUAAGAAACUCGCUAUAGGAAACCCAGGAGGCAAGUGUGUGUCUAAGAUGGCGGUGGCGGGAGAGCAAGUGAAACUCGUGCAAAUUGACGGCUUGGUUGUGCUGAAGAUCAUUAAACACUGUGAGGAGGAGGGAGCGGUAGGAGACCUGGUACAGGGGGUGCUGCUGGGACUGGUGGUGGAUGACAAGCUAGAGAUCACCAACUGUUUCCCCUUCCCUCGACGCUCGGAUGAGGACUUUGAUGAAGUUCAGUACCAGAUGGAGAUGAUGAGGAGCCUGAGGCAUGUGAACAUCGACCAUCUACACGUCGGCUGGUACCAGUCCACAGUACAUGGAGCCUUCCUGAACAGGGCUCUACUGGACUCUCAGUUCAACUACCAACAUGCUAUAGAGGAGUCCGUGGUUCUGGUCUAUGACCCACAGAGGACUGCAGGAGGCUCCCUAUGUUUACGAGCAUUUCGUCUGUCACCCAUGGCCAUGGAGGCAUACAAGGAAGGGGAGUUCACAUCAGAGAGCUUCAAAAAGCAUGGCCUGGGCUAUGAGAACUUGUUUGAGGAGAUCUCAGUGGUCAUCAAGAACUCUAACCUGAUCAACGUGCUGUGCUGUGAGCUGAUAGAGAAGGCACCCAGGACACAGGAGAGUGACUUCCUCAGUCUAGCUGCCAGUGGUUCUCUGAGCAGACAACUGCACUGCCUGAUGGACUGUGUAGAUGAUCUGAACCAGGAGACAACCAAGUUCAACAACUAUCAGCGCAACCUGGCCAAACAGGCUCAAGCCAAGAACCAGUAUUUGCAGAAAAGGCAACUUGAGAAUGCUGCGCGACAGGCGAAGGGAGAGCCUCCAUUACCCGAGGAAGACGUCACUAAGAUCUUCAAACCCAUCGCCCCUCCACCCCGACUGGACGCACUCCUGCUGUCAGGACAGUUGGCAAGUUACUGCAAGCAGAUCACUGACUAUGCGGCUCAUAGUUUUGGCAAAGUCUUCAUGGCCAAGGCUCUACAGGAGGAUACCCAGGGCAGUGCAGCACAGCCUCCGUCACUGUGAUAUAAUACCAGGCAGCAGUAUAUCCUCUCUUACAACACAUCCUACACCUACACAGAAUUCAAAAUCUUUCCAACACAAGAAAAGUCUGUUCAGAAGGGAUAUAUUUCAAAGCUUCUCUUUAGGAUUCUUUUUCGCUAGUCUGAGCAACUGUUGAGCAACCAAAACUAGACUUGUGUGAUCCUUGACGUUAUAAUUAGAAUAUAAAGCAGGAUGCAAGAAUCUGAUUUAAAAGACAACAAAACACAAAACAUUUAAGUUCUCCCUGUGUGAAGUUCAUUGGUUGCCUGACAGUUGCAGCCUCUACUGGAAAGGGUGUGUAGUAAUCUGUUCUACCAUCAUAACAGGAAAUAAAGUACUAACCUUUGUCACAGUCUACAUUUUCAUGAUAUCUCCAAGAGUACAAGAAUACACACAUCUGAGACUUCACCUUGAAACCAGAACAAGGUGUUAUGGAUCAGUACUUUUAAGCCUACACCUUUGAUUGAACUGGGCUAUAUUAAUAACAGGAAUCAUAGAAUAAUGUACUGGUUGAAUCUGAAGUACAACCCAAGUAAUAAAAUUGUGAACAUACCAGUUG